AUGUAUACACCGCUCGAUGCUCCCGACUCGCCCGAUGCCGCCAAGCGCACAGCAUCCCACCGCCCACACCUGCUGCUGCUGCUGCUCCUGAGCCUGCUCGUCGGCAUCGCGCUCUGGCCCCAGCCCCUGCCCGCUGCACCGCGCUCGGCCCUACAGACGUACAAGGUAGGCCAAACAAGCCUCCCUGUUCUGCCCGAAUACCAUCCGCAGGUGUACGCAAAGCUCGGCUUCGACCACAUCUACGUGAUCCACGACCCGGCCUUCCCGGACAGACUCACCCGCUCCGCUCAGCUCCUGCAGAUGCUCAAGAUCUCGGCAGAAUUUGUGCCCCAGGUCAAUGACCCAUGGCAUACGUAUUUUGGCGUGCUGCACAAUAUGGCCCAUGCCGGCCAUCAGUCCGCCCUGGUCCUCGACGACUCGCUUGACAUUGAGAUUACCGUCAAAAAGACCAUGCGUGCGGUCCACAGUCACCUGCCACCCGACUGGGACAUGCUGUUCCCUGGCCACUGCGGCGCCUUCGAGUACAUACAGCCAAAAGUCGACGUUGCCUUCAAGCCCCUACGCCAUGCCAAUAUGCCGAUCUGCAUGCACGCACACGCGCUCUCCCGCAAGGGCCUGCUCACUAUCUUGCAUCAUCUGCGCGACUCGCCUGCCCGGGAAUCCACAGCCCUCAACAUGUCAAUCAUGCGCCUCAAGGAGAACAACCUGCUCCAGAUGUUCUCCCUCGACUCUCCCAUCUUCGUGCCCCGCGAGGCCCACAACACCAAGGUCCGUCUGGUCGGAAACAAGCCCCCGAAAAUGUCUGCCCUCGAGCGUCUGGCGCUGUGGCAGGGCGAGGCUGGUCAAAGGCAAUAA